UCUUGUGGUAUUAUUGUUAUUUGCCUCUGCUGAGCACAGCAAAUCCCCACAAAAUUCUGCGCUUUCACAAUUUGUGUUGUUGUGCUCAUUUUGCAACGCAACCGCUUCCUGUUCAUGGAAGCAGGAAGGAAAAGAGUUCCUUUUCGCCGCUUUCGAAACGCCCAGGUACGAGAGGGAAGUUCGUUUGCAUGAGCACGUCUUCUUCCGCUGCCGAGAAACAGAUAAGAGGGCCAUCCCAGCUGUAGCAGAGACCACUUCACAGCAAGAGGAGCAGCUUGGAAGGCUAGAAAUCCUCCUUUCUGGAAAGAGACCGGCGUGACUUCCUUGGACAGAUCAAAAGCCCCCAUGUCUAGAGUGCCUGAAUGCGAAGAGGAGGUGAUGGACUUCUGCAGUGUGGACGAGAUGCAGUUCUACGAAGAGGACCGGCCUUCUCUGGCCAAGGAGACCUUCCCAGGGCUGAGCCAUCCUGCCUGCAAAGUGGGCAUUCAGGUGAAGAUCGCCAACAGCUCUUCAUCUCUGGGCUUCCAGAAGGCAGCGAUCAUUAUGGUGGCGAUUGAGAGGAUGAAGAAGAAGAAGUCCUCCAAAGCCAGGGCGCUUUUCACAGAUGACGACCUGAUGGACAUCAUCAAUUCCGUCUUAGAACCAGUUGACUUUGACACCUGCGAAUGCACCUAUGCCACAGAUCCCAUCUACCACCUCAGCAGGAGCAUCUCCUGCAACAUCAGAGACGUCAACCAGAAGUCCCUUGUCCUGAACGGGACAACCCAGCUGGUGGCCUUGGAGCUCCAACAGGCAGACAUCAGCAAAGAAGCAAGGGUGAAAAUGUACGUCUAUCGACCAAAAAUCGGAGAAGGCAUAGCGAAGAUCCCCAUCGCCCUGAAAAUCAAAGGGAAGGAACUGUACCUGUCUUGCGUGCAGAGCGGAGACCAGCCAGCACUUCAGCUGGAGGAGGCCAGCAUCGAAGGGGACCUCGACAAAUCCGACAAAGGGCGCUUCCUCUUCUACAGAGUUGCAGUUGGGGACUACACCAGGUUCGAGUCAGCUGCCUUUCCUCAGUGGUACAUCUGCACAUCUGCCCAGGUCAACAAAGCUGUCAGCGUGACAAACCGGAUUGGGGAGGUCUCCAUCGUGGAUUAUAUUGUCACAUAAAACGCGCAAGACGCACAGAACCUGUACAUGCACCUUUGGACAAAUUUCAGCCUCCUGGCUCUGUGAGAAGGAAAGUCCCGUCACUGAGACAACGCAACACUUGCCUCCUUUCUCUGGAAGGACGUGGCAGUUGCCAAGAAAGCAGUGGAUAAUGAGGACCGCAGGGGGCUGGACUAAAUGGCCCUUCGGGUCCCUUUCGACUCUGCCGUUCUCUGUUGUAUAUUUAUUGCAAGUAUUUAUUAAUAAUUUAAUAAUUAUUUUUUUGC